AUGCUGGAUCUUAUUUCUUUUCAUAGCGGAGGUGCUGGUUGGUGGGGCUCGUGGGGUUCGGAACUCCUUUCAAGUGUUCGCGAUAAGGUCGGUAUGCUGCUGAGUAGCUUUGAUGAUGUUUUUUAUAAAUCUUCCUCUUCCGCUGGGCUGUGAGUUUUUGACAUUGCAUGAAGUGAAAACAGUAACGUAGUGGCACAAAGCUUACUCCUGUGAUUUUCUUAAAGAUAAAGUGAAACAACAUGGCUAGGGAUUGUAAUCAUCUGUUUAUACCUAGUUGGAAGGUUCGACUUAAGCUUAAUAUAAUUUAGCUAACUUAUUUAAACGAGGAAAAAAAAAUUGAAGAAUGGUCAUGUGGCUGGUGGGAAUCUAUACAUGGCUUUUUGCAUGACUUCAUAGAUUUUAAACUUGUUCAUAAACUAAACAACGCUUAAACGAACAGUUCAGAGCAAUUUUUUGCAAAGGUUACCCUUAAAAAAAAUUGUGAGACAUUUUGUCCGAAUAAUGCAUAAUAGUUAUAAGUCUGUUGUUCUUUUUUAAUAAGUCUGCUGAAGCUUUGAACAUGGUGAAGCACGACUUGUCAGAGUUUGUUUCCACCAUUCAACAUGAUACAUCUGCCGUAGUGGCUGAUACGGCUACAGCUGUUAAAGAAAGUCUGAAGGUAAUGUAUACAAACUGUAAAAGUAUUGAACCCUUUAUUCCCCAAAAUCACCCAAAAACAAUGAACCAAGGAGUAAGUGGAAUAUGAAUUUAAGGAGGAGGAAGGCUGGGGGUGCUUUGUGAUUUUCUAUUUUGGCCUUUUAUUUUGCCAUUUUUUAGAUAGAUUUUUCUCUUUUUGGUCUUGGAAUCUGGAGUUGUCACUUUUACAGUUUUCAGACCCGCGAAAAUUUUCCCAGAUCCUGAGAAAUCAUUAGAAAUAGGAAGGAUUCUUUCCUGUACUGAUCCUGGUUACUUCAAUUUGGCAAAAAGAUCACAAAAUAAUAUAAUUCAACCAAAUGAAAUUAUUAUUUCGAAUGCCCGUGUCACUAGUUGAAAAAGUUUUUGAGGGCUACAUCUGAAUAUGGUUGUUGUAUGUCCUUCAUGAAUGUUGUUGAAUUAUCUUUGUUAGGUAGAAGAGGAGGAAUCAGAAGGGACAUCAGCUCGUGUUAAACAAGGUACAGAAUAUGACCAGAAAAAACAAACCAAAAUUCAAAGCAAAACAACAACAGCUACAUAAACAAUGUUACAGACAGUCAUUUAGAGCUGUGUUACAUGUUAUGCCAAGAUAUCAUGUGAUUGUAUCAUGUGACUUUGUUGCUUGGCCCAGAUUUUUGUAUGUUGAGGACAGUUUCACAUAACUGUUUUAUUACUAUGGCUGAAUAAUCUAUCCUGGCCUUAUAGGUGUGUCCAAAUUUCUUGGGACCUUGUCCAAUAGCUUGAGGGAGAACAUUUCUCAUGUAACUGCCGCUGCUGCAGUCACUUCCGAUGGUCCUGAACCAGUCUUUGACAGAAUGCGGGUAUUUGUUGAAUCUGGGGUCCUUCAAUUCCAAUUUUUAUGUUUUUUAAAGUUCUUUAUUUGGUAUUUGUCUUUCCCUGGUACAGACUGUCAUAGCUAUUGUCCAUCACUUGAAUUGCUGCAUGCAAGAUCUUUUAGUUAAAGAUAGUGAAUAGUUUACAUUCAUAUACAAGCUAACCUAUGCUUAAUGAUAAGAUAAGUUAUCGGUGAAAAUAUUCCGCAUAAGGGAUAGGAAAAUUUACUUGAACCUUAAGCUGAGUAGACUUGCUGGAAGAGGGGAUAUAAAUAUUCAAAUGCAUAGAGAAUUUCCCUGGGAACAGCUAUGGCCAAAAGAGCAUGCUAUGUGGGAGCAUGCAGCUAUCCAAUGAUUCAGUUGUCAUACAGUGGCUUUUCAUCAAUGAUUAUAGUUUGUUGAUUAUCUGCAGAAACAUUUUUUUGAUGAGUGCAGUGAUCAGUGAUAAUAAUGUAACAAUUGUCAUUGUGAAAGACAGUCUUCUGUACUGUGUUAUGACUGCUUUCCAUAUAUGGUAAUUGCUACAGUUGCUAUGAUAUUCUGUCUAGAGUGCUGGACCUGGAAACUGCUGAGACUUUACUUGGUUAAACACUUAUAUCCCUGACUCCCAGGCGCUAAAGAUCCCCUUGGUCUCUCAUGGGUCUUCCAGUAAAUAACCUUUAAACCAGUUGCGAUAUUAUUAGUACCUUUGAAUUUCACAUGAAUGCACAGUUACAGUUUAUGCAUUCUGUUUUUUAAUUUAUAAUAGAAAGUGGGGAAAAUCUUCAAAAGCCUUUACUGUAAUUGCAGUGCGUAAUCAUUUCAUGAAAAUUUUUUCAAAGGCACGACUUCAUGAAAUUCAGACAGAUCCAUCCACAUUUUGCUCAGAGCCAGAUGGUAUGAAGUGAAAUCUGAUUCCUUUAUACAAUUUAAUAAUAGUAAUCUUGUGAUAAGCAGCUUUUUUUCUUUAUAUACUAUUUUGUACUUUACUGUUUUGAUCAUCUACAGGUGUAUAAACGUAUUGUAGCAGUACUGAUCUUUGGGCAUAUUGCGGCAUUCACACUUGCCUUAUUUCAUGCAUUUAAUCAGAAAUAAAUUGCAAGAUUUGCUGAUUAAGCUUUAUUCUAUGGCAUUAGGUCAUUUUGGAAUGUAUGAGGAGUGGUGCAAAACAUUUGACCCAGAACAGCACAAGGGGGAAAUAUCUGAGCUGCUUGUAAAUGUGCCUGAAAUAAGGGCCCUCUAUGCAAAACUGGUAUGUCUGACAUUAUUUUAUUUCCUUUAUUAA